GGUUGCGUUCCAUUGCCAAUGCCCAUAUCGAAUGCCGUGGCUGCUACUCAUGUGUUGAUGCUGCUGCCCUAUCCAAUUAUCUGCAUCAUUUUUCCGUUCUAAACAGCCAAUACAAUGGCUCACGAACUAGGCGACGACUACAUUCGACGGAUAGCCAGCUUUAUCCGUAACAAUGAAAAGAAUCUAGCCGAAGCCGGAUUUGUUCGCAGACGUCGACCUCGCCAGCCUGCACCGGAUGCUGCUUCUCUCUUCAAUCCACUAGGGUGGUUUGGCGCUGACGCUGCCCCUGCAUCCCCAGUCAAGCCCAUCAUUUUGUCCAUAGACACCCACCAUCUCUUCUAUCUCCUCAUGCGCCUUGAGGCCCUCGGUAUCGAUAUUGGAACCCUUGAUGUCCGCGUCGAUGCUCCCUCCAGGCCAAUGAGUUACAUAAACCUCUUCCCUGAUACCGACAAGUCUGAAACCCUUUCCCUCGCUUCAUUUCGUUCUUCCCUAUCUGCAGUAUCAUCCUUCUCUCUUGGGGGUGGAUGGUGGGGGAAGCCGGAACAACCGUCUCUCGAUUCGGAACUCAAAUACAUCUACAGUAGUUUCACCAAGCUACCCGCCUUAUCCGUCACUGCCCCAGGUCGGAAAAUGAUUUCCGAACUCGCAAAUGAACCUCCCAAUGAAAAUGCUAUCCCCCUUAAUGCAUUCAAGAACCUGCAGAGCUUGGAGUGUGUUGAUAUCGAUCCUCGUUCACUGCUUGGGUGGGACCGACUUGCUGAAAGUUUGCGCAGUUUGAAGAUAAAGAAGAGCGGGCUUGAGGACAUAUCAGACAUUUUCAUUGGGGCGGUACUUGAUGACCAAGCUAGAAGAGAUGGAAGUACCAGUCGGAAGCGGCAUAGAAGAAUCCCCCGUGGGCCGGAACGACGGUCAUCUUUCUAUUCCACUCAGUUACCAAACUCUGUGCCGGAGGACGAGGACGGUGAGAACCCUAACCACGAAGUUUCUUCUGUGCCACAGAAUGGCACCGUCACACCACUACCCCAGCUUUCUUCCCUUAAAUGGGCUUUUCUUAAACAUCUGUCCCUUGCCGACAAUGCCUUGGCCUUUUUUCCAGCGGAAUUAAUACCCCAUCUCACAUCUUUGGUCCAUUUGGAUCUGUCGUCAAAUCUUCUUGUAUCUGUCCCCUCUGGCCUCGGUUCUCUUUAUAACCUUGUCUCCCUCAAUCUCUCAGAUAACAUGAUUGACUCUGUUCUCGGAAUUUAUCUCAAUUUAGGACAGGUUCUUCAUUUGAACCUUUCUCACAAUCGCCUCGAAUCAAUAUGUGGGCUGGAGCGGUUGCACGCAUUGGAGCGCGUCGAUUUACGCUACAACUCCCUUGAUGAUUGUGCUGAGAUUGGAAGGUUGGCGCCUCUACCUAACAUUACGGAAGUCUGGGUAGAAGGCAAUCCCUUUACAGAGGACGAAGGAUACAGGAUUCCCUGUUUUGACUUCUUCUGGAAAGAAGGGAAGACCAUUACUCUUGAUGGAUCACUACCAGGCUUUUACGAGAAACGGAACCUGACUAUACCACCGCCAGAGCAAAUGUCUUCGUCUCGUCCGCUGUCCGUAGCCUACUCGCCGCCCACAGUUGCUGUUGGCCAUGCCUAUCCUCAUUCCCAUCAUUCAUCGCCUAACGCGGUACCCCACGCCGGCAAACAACCAUCACCUUCCACUUCAACCCCUGGUUCUCCACAUCUUGCCCCCGUAGGUGCUGUAGGAGUCGGAGGAAAGGCGCGUCGGAAGAAAGUAAAGCGGAUAGUCGAUCUAGAUGGCAACAUCAGUGAUGGUAGCAUGGCGAGCUCCUCUCAUCGACGCACUCGGUCCGAUGGGUCAGGUAAGGCGAAGGCGAAGGCGAAAGCAAAGCCCAAGAAGCCUAGAGACACGAGCCCUUUAGGCCCAACGAAGGAAUGGAGUCGGUUCGAAACGCUCCUGGAGAAAGAGGGGGGAGAACUUGUUGCAGGAGAUCAUGCCAACCUCAAUCCUCACCCUCAGGAAGCACAAUCCUCGAGCACACCGGCUUCACCACAGCGGCCCGCUCGCCCGUCAAAGCAUGUUCGUCAUCACACUGAUCUUGCUCCAGUCUCUCCAACCCAAUCAUCUGGUUUCCCGGAUAUUCAGCCCAAGUCUUCCAACUCUAUCAGCUCACAGUCUCUUCGGACACGUGGUUCGCAUACACUGUCUUUUAAAUCUGCGGCACGCCGUGCUCGCGUCACUGCGUCUGUAUACGAACCCGCUACCCUGGGUUCAGAUAGAGAGGAUAUCCAAGGGGAAGAGAUCAAUGACAAUGCCGAUGCGUACAGGCGCAAGAUUGAGGCCUUGAAGAAGGAUAUGGGUGAUGGAUGGCUGAAGGUUUUUAGUCAAACGCAGAUGAAAGCCACGACUCCACCCUCUUUGUAGCAUUAGCCGUCGUUUCUCAUGCACUUAUUCGCUUGGAACACAUGCAGGACUUUGGAUUUUGGCCAUUCCUUUGUAUUAAUAUAUGCCCAUCUAUUGACAUUAAUCCGGUAUACCUAUUAUUUAAUAUUUAGAACCAUCUUGGGCGGUCAAAGGUUGGGCCAAUUUGAUGAGCUUGAAUGUGACAGUUGUUUGUCACGGU